UUGCGUUCUACACGACGCUCGUUCGUCAUUUCACUCGUAUUUGGCGCUUUCGUGAGGUUUUCGUUUCAAUGCUCGGUUGCCAGCAAUCAGUUCGAAUAUGUCUUUCGUGCGGCUCGGUUGGGUAGUAUAACGGAGUCUCUUCGCGGUCCUAGCGAGUUCGGUCUACUGGGAACAGUCAAUCAACAAAAGUAAACAAUAACCAUUGCAAUUGCGAACAUUAAAUAACAUUCUAACGCUCGUCCAAUGUCACAUCACAUUGAUUAAGUAGUAAAUCAAAGUUACUGGAACUUAACAGAAAAUCUCUUAGAUAUUUGAAGCACUAACACUAUUUACCGCCUUUAAUGGACUCACCGUUAGUUUACGCUCCCUCUCAAGUUUCUUAGAAAUUUGCAUUGAUGAACUCUGGCACGAUGCGCGGCCUGAAUGAUAAGAACCCAAGCAUAAUAAUCAUCGAUAUUCAAAACCCUUAAAGCAAAGCAGCAACAACAACUGGCUUUAGAUCCCAGCGUCAGGACCAGACAGUUUGCUAACCUUUGAUCUCUCGGUCUGUAGCUGCGUGUGAGUCUGCCUCCUUUUCUGUGCGUUAGCGUUUUGUGUGUUUAUGUGUAAAAGUGCGAGAAAGCGCAAAAUAAAUAUUAAAAGCAAGACGUGCAUGGAUUAGAAAUCAUAACCAGUCAGCACCGAUAACAACACCAGCUGAAAUAAAAACAAUAAGAACAACGACAACGACAACAACAACAACAGCAACAACCCGUUGCGGUAACUUAUUGAAACAGCUCGGAAAAGAGACUUUGCCGCCAGCAGACGGUGUCUGGCGCCGGAACUGUCUAACGGAACAACUUUAAAAAUGAACGGCCACGUAAGAGUAGGAGGAAGAUCUAGAAUGCUCAGACCGAAGCGGGGUUUGCCCGCUUUGCAUGCCAUUUUCAAUAUGCUGUUUCUGAGCUGCAUUAUAAUCUCCGAUUUAUUACUGAGCGUUCAUGGACUGAAGGAUCUGAAGAUAUUUGUGCCGGAAGCAGUCAUCAUGGGCAACGCAGCGACAUUGUCUUGCCAAUAUGAUUUGGAAAAGGCGGCGCUCUACUCAGUGCGCUGGUACUUCGGCCAGGAAGAGUUCUAUCGCUAUGUGCCACGCGAGGCGACGCCCACGUUUGUCUUUCCCGUUGCUGGCAUUAAUGUUGAUCUAACCAACUCGGAUGCAACGUCGGUCACAUUGAAAGGAGUCACACGGGAUCUGACUGGAAGCUAUCAGUGCGAGGUGUCGGAGGAUGCACCCCUCUUUCAUACGGAAAUACGCACAGCGCAUAUGCAGGUAAUUGAGCUGCCCAAAGACGAUCCGGCGAUGCAGGUGGACAAGAAGAUGAUUGGCGUCAAUGACAACUUCAAAGCCGUGUGCACAGUGGGACCUUCUUACCCGCCGGCGAACAUCACUUGGUACAUCAACGGACGCAAGGUAUAUAAAACGCCGCUGCAGCGCAUAACGCAGGAUGCAUUCGAGGGCUCGACCACAUACUCCUCUUUAGAAAUCUAUCCACAUAGCCAGGUGCUGCAAGGCUUUUUCCAGGCGAUGCCCAAGUACCAGACCAGCAUACUGCUUCUCUGUGAAGUCUCCAUACUGCAUGUGUUCCACAAGAACGUUCAGCUACGCAUUGGACUCAGCAUGGCGCCACCGACGACCAUUUCCCCAAAUCUGCUGGGCCUUGAGGGCUCCAAGCGCUACGUCAAUGGCGAUCCGGACAAUUCAGCACUAACUGGCGCUGCACAGUGCAGCUGCAGUGCUAUUGGCGUGUUGACUCUUGCCGUGGCGACUAUGUUUGCGGCUCAGCUGUGACCGGAACACAAUGAAAAUACCAUAUAAGCAAAUGGUCGAACAGACACAAUAAUAGCAGCAGCAGAAACAACAACAGGCACAGGCUUUGAACAAGCGGGCCAUGAAGUGUAAUUAAAAAAUAACAAAUGCAAACAAUGUACGCAAAAGUACUGCAAAAUUAUAAAAAAGCAAAAAAAAAAAAUAAAAAAAAAACUGAAAAAAUAGAAAGGAAAUGUUUUCAAAACGUUAAAGGGCUCGCGUUGUGAACGCGGCGCUGCAUGUCCUUGUGCAUAACCCUUUUAGUUUCUGUUGUAAGUUUAAAAACGAACACCGUGCUCAUGCGAUUAAAAUGAAUAUAUUUCAUGCUGCCGCAGCAGAAAUAUGAUAAUUAUGAUGAUUAUGACCAAGGUCCACUCAUCUUAAAGUGACUAUUGAAAAUAAUCAAAUCUGAGCUAAAAACAAGAGAUUACAAAAUGCCCGCGGUUAAUUACAUACACAUACAUAACAAAUCAGAGAACAGCUACGAAAAUAUGUUAAAAAAUUAAUAAAAUACAAGAAAAAAAGAAAUAAAUAUACUUGAUGGCAUGUUGUGGGCGUGCUGUGAGCAAUUUGCAGAGAGAUAAAACAAACAUAAAUAUAAAAAUCAAUAAACUAAAAUAAGCAAAU